AUGCACGUAUGCAGCAGAGCACCAUGUGCAUCUGCAGUGCAUCACGUUUUUACUGGCACAAUCAAAAGAACUCCGUCACGGGAGAGUACGCUGUGGGUGGAGUCCUGCAUUAGCACAAGCGAUACACACACGACACUGCUGUUCUUUGCGGUAGAUGGCGUUGCUGCGUUCGUCGGGCGCACGCAACGCACUCCCUUUCCACCUCGGGCUGGAGAGGUUGGAAUGGGCGCCACCUACAAGGAUGUGACGCCCUGCGCGAUUUUGUCGGAGCGUCGCAUGCCCGCCAAUGGCCAAAACUGGACUCGCCAGGGGCGUUGUGACUGA